CUAGAGUCGAGGCGAUAAGAACUGGCUCUCUACCGGCUCUUGCCACACUAUUUGGGGCGAGCGGUGACUGUGAAGGCUUUUUCUCGUGUGAUUAAAAACCUUUUGGGAAAAAUUGCUUCGGUAUGACUGCACUACAGAGGAUAACUAAGGAGCUACAGGACAUCGCAGACAACCCUCCAGGCCAGUGCUCCGCAGGACCCGUGGGCAACGACCUGUUCCACUGCCGGGCGACCAUCAUGGGCCCCAAAGGCUCGCCGUUCGAAGGGGGACUCUUCGACCUCGCUAUUGACUUCCCCAAAGACUACCCCUUCAAGCCGCCGCACAUCAGAUUCACGACGCCAAUCUAUCACAUGAACAUUAAUUUAAAAGGAGGAAUAUGCUUGGACAUAUUACACAGCAAAUGGAGUCCCGGCAUUUCUCUGUCCAAAGUCCUGGUAGUGAUCGGGGCUCUAAUGAAUGACCCGAAUCCCGCCCACGGCCUUCGGGAGGACCUCCGCCAGGAAUACCUCAGAGACAAAGCUUCUUACAUCAGGAAUGCCCGGAAGUGGACGCAGAUGUACGCCAGCAAUUAACUGCACUCCGUUUCCUGCACUCCGUUUCCUGCACUCCUUUUCCUGCACUCCGUUUCCUGCACUCCGUUUCCUGCACUCCGUUUCCUGCACUCCGUUUCCUGCACUCCGUUUCCUGCACUCCGUUUGCUUCUGUUAGAUUUUCUUCGUCAGUUCCUUCUCUGUUGUCUUUUUCUUCUUCUUCUGCCUCGUCCUCUUAUCAUUCGUUUAGAUAUAUGUUAUAAUACUGAUUUUCGUGUUAUUAUCAUGGUUGUUAUUAUUAUUAUAAUAACAACCAUGUCUCUCUUCCUUUCUCCCCUUUUUUCUUAUAUAUAUAUAUAU